AUGGGCAACAAGCAAGGAAGCUUCGUGCGAUGCGAGGAGCCAUCGGCCAAGAGCCACCCAACGGCUUUCCCUGAACACGUGAAGCAAGUGCCCCUGACCCCGGAAAUGGACAAGGAGCAGGGCUUCAAGCAGUACAAGAAGUAUGAUGAGUCCAUGGGCCCUUUCCCUGACACCUUCGACUUUGCGAACCAGCUAAAGCUCACCGAAGAACAGGUCAAUCAGUCCUACGAGCACCAACUGCCCUUCCACAUGAAGGUGGAUGGCAACGCAAAGCCAGUAUACUCCUCGAAGUGGGAACGUGCAGUGGCUUAUCAUCACGGACUAUAUGUGCCUGAGAAAUACACAACGACCAAGACUGCUGAUGACAUCCGCCUGGCCGUCGCCAACUAUUCAGACAAGGUGCAUCAGGAUGCCCCGAAGGAUGCCUGCAAGUAUCUGCAGAUCGAAGAGUUCCGCUGCCUGAACGUCUAUCAGUAUGAAACCCAGCCGGAGGUUGCCGCAAAGAAGUGCAUGAAGUGGUGGGACGAGGUUCAGAAGUGCCAGUGGGACCAAGCAAAGUUCAAUGCUGGAACGACCUACAUUGAAGGACCUCAGAUGCGCCGCCGGCGUGCCUACAUCUUCUACCCGGACUUCAAGUAUGCAUGA